UCUGGUGCACUAUUUAAAAUGGGGUAGGUUUUAUCUCAUAAUAUCUCAAUAAGGCAAAUUAAAAUCUUCAAAACUUUGGUAUAGUAGUGACUAAAAGCAGAUGGCGCUUUUCAAUGUAAUAGUAUAGUGCUGUUUUAUUGCCAGUAACUGUUUUUAAAAAACGACAUUCGAUCUUGGACAUUGUAUUUUUGGCAAAACUUCCUAUAGAGAUAAAAACUGUGUUGGUUAGUUUUGUUGUUCUUGUGGUAUAUUUUCUGUAAUUUCUAAGCCUAUAUUUACGCCAUAUUUACAAUAUAAUGAAAUAUCUUGUUCUCAGUUGGUAUGUUUUGAAAGUAAACUUAGAAUUCCCUCAGCUUAUUAGCUGUGUUUGAUUAAACAAACUAGAUUUUUUAUUUUUUCAUAUUUUGAAAAUUUACCUUAAGAUGUAUCUUAAACACAUUGGUAUCUCUUAGAAGUGAAACCCUUAUAGAUCCAUAAUAAAAUAAUGCUGAAAGUUGAAUUUAAGAAAUGCUUUGUAUUAAUUCACCCUUUUUUUUCACGCGGAUAGUUUAAAAUGAUCCAUGCCUGAGUGAUCGGCAUCUAAGAAGAUGUUAAAGAUAGAAAAACACACAAACAUUUUGUCACGAGGUUUUACAGAUUUUUCGAUUAUUCGUAUUCCUAUUCGCUCCGGAAUAAUCCAGUGGAAGAGGUUCUCUUCUUCUUUAAUUAUUUUGUUCACAUUUACCAUGAUCAUUUGGCCAUAACAGAAUUGAAAUGAAAUGAUGCUUGCCAACAGUUUUAAAGAGUUCUGAUCGUAAAAGAAGUUUUCUGUGGUAUUUGGUGUUUUUGUGCAUUGCAAUAGAUGUCGCUCUAGAAAUUGGGGUUCACUUUUGGAACUGUCCCUUGUUGUCCAAUGGCAAGCUGACGUACUCACUGAAAAAAUGUAUUGAUUUCGCCGGUCUAGGUCGGCAGUCGAUUUUGGUCGGCGUUUCAAGUUGUUUUUAUUUAAUACAAUUUGGCACGCCAGAUUUAAUCGUAUCUAGAAAAUAUUGUAGAAAUGGCAGGGCAAACUAUAAAUGAUCGUCUUUUGGCCGCUAAGCAUAGCCUUGCUGGCCAAGGAUUGGCGAAGUCGGUGUGUAAGGCGACAACUGAAGAAAUGUUGGGCCCCAAAAAGAAACAUUUGGAUUACCUGGUCCAUUGUACCAACGAACCGAAUGUGUCUAUUCCACAAAUGGCAAAUUUAUUAAUUGAGAGGUCUCAAAAUACUAGUUGGGUGGUUGUUUUCAAAGCCCUUAUUACCACUCAUCAUCUGAUGUGUUAUGGAAAUGAAAGGUUUACUCAGUAUUUGGCUUCAAGUAAUGUAUCUUUUCAACUGUCUAAUUUUGUUGAUAAAACUGGGGUGCAAAGUGCUGUCGGAGCAAGAACAGGAUAUGACAUGUCACCCUUUAUUAGAAGAUAUGCAAAAUACUUGAAUGAAAAGGCACUGUCUUACCGAGCAGUUGCAUUUGAUUUUUGCAAGGUAAAAAGGGGAAAAGAAGAAGGCACGCUGAGAACUAUGGAUGCUGAGAAUCUAUUGAAGACAUUACCUAUUUUGCAGAAUCAAUUAGAUGGUCUGUUAGAGUUUGAUUGCACUGCUAAUGAUUUAACAAAUGGGGUUAUUAACAUGUGCUUCAUGUUAUUGUUUCGAGAUUUAAUUAGAUUAUUUGCUUGUUACAAUGACGGAAUUAUUAAUUUGUUGGAGAAAUAUUUUGAACUAAACAAGAAACAAUGUAGGGAAGCGUUAGAUCUUUACAAAAAGUUUCUUAUUCGCAUGGAUCGAGUAGGUGAAUUUUUGAAGGUUGCAGAGAACAUAGGUAUUGAUAAAGGUGAUAUCCCAGAUUUAACAAGAGCACCCAAUAGUUUGCUUGAUGCUUUGGAACAUCACUUGGCUUCUUUAGAAGGAAAUACACCCACGGCAGCAAAUAAUCAAAAGAAUUUGAUGUCUGGAGUCUCUGCAUUAUCAAAUACAAGUUCAGCUUUUGGUUCUGCUGUUGAUGACAGUUUCAAGCAAGUUGCUGUAGCAGAAGAAGAAGCAGUUUUUAACCAAUUUAAAGCCAGUGUUGGAUCUCCCACUUUGGGAAGCACCAAUCCAUUUUUGACUGAUGAGCCACAAGUUGUCAAAUCGGAACCUAUUUUGGAUCUAUUUGGGGAUGAUAUGGGGAUGUCAAAACCACCUGUUGAUACUGCACCUUCUACUGCAAUUGAUGAUCUUUUAUUGCUUGGAGGUAACCCAUUUGCUGAUUUUACAACUCCAGCACCAGCACCUGCUGCUCCAGCUGCAAAUGGUAUUCCAGAUUUUUUUACAGGCCCAGCUGGGUCUGCUGAAUCUCAAAAUGCAUGGAAUGCUAAUGGAUUUUCAGCUUCCAAUGUGUUUCAAUCGAGUUUGCCCAAUCAAGUGCCACAGCAACAGCCUCCUCAAUCUUUCAAUGAUCUCACUAGUUUCUUUAAUGCAAAUGAACCUUCAGUUUUUGAUCAAAUUGCUCCAUCAGAUCAGAGCAAACCUCAGCUUCCUAUACAAACAAACAUUGUUGCUCCCCAAAGGCCCCCACAACCUGCAAAACUCCUUACUGGGGACUUGGAGUCAAGUCUUACAUCUUUAGUUGAGAACUUAACCAUGGAUGUUGGUGGAACCAAAUGGAAUUCGCCAAAAAAUCAACCAAAACCCGCUUCUGCUAGUGGUUGGCAACCACAGCCCAUGGCUGCGACAACUGCAACAUCAUAUAAACCGAUGAUGGGGGUUCAGCAGUCCCAGGUAAUCGGUCAAUCAGUCAUACAGCCUAUUGGUACUGUUAUGCAAUACCCAAUGGGCAGUGUUCAAACUCAACAGCCUCAAACAAUGGGCAGUCCGAAAAUUGGAGCACAAGUAUCUCAGGCACAACCUGCAGAUAUGGCAUUUGAUCCAUUUGGAAAUUUGUAAUAAUGUCAGUACAAUGGGCUUAAGGAGAGGUUUUCAAAUAUACUAGUCAUUUGUUUCACUGAUAAUUAGUUUUUAAAGGACCCAAGGCCUUGUUUCAUCCAGGGCGAGUUAUUUGCAUUUGUUUACUUUAUAACCUGUCCAGUGAAUUGUUAAAGUUAUACACUUAAAUGAAUUAUUUAUUUAAAUUUUAAAUUUGGACCUCAAAUGAAUAGGAGACUUGAGGCUUUGUGUUACUAUGUUUGUUGUGUCUGUGUUGGGUGCAAAGUUUGCACCAGGUAGAAAAUUGGAAUUUAUACAUUUCAAUUAGUUCUGAAUCAAUUUUAUUUAUGAAAACUUUACAAAUUCUUGCAAGAAAUAAUUUUAAACAGGUAUUCCAAUUUUUUAGCCAUUUUAUUAUUUUUCCUCAGGUUAAUUUAAAAUAAAAUUUUCAAGGUUCACAAUGUAUUGCUGAAUUUAUGGGGUCACGUUUUUUAAUUUCUUUUUUUAAGCAUUGAAAAACGUCCUUUGAAAUUUUUAAAAAUUCGACUCAUAGUUAAAUCAUUUUUCUGAAUCAUAAUUCUAUAAUUCUAUGCCAUUUGAUUUCACUUAAUUUAUUUUCAUUAGAUGUAUGUACCAUUAGAUCUUGGUCCAGAAUUUUACUCUCGGCUUCUGUAAAUGUUCUAUUAACUUCAGUGAGGCAUCAUAUAUAAACAAAAUGUAAUGUUAUCACUUGAAAUAUAUUGUUAAGUUGGUUUUAUGGCCUAGUUUACAAAACCAAUUUAAUAUAUUUAUGAAAUAAAUUCAGAUAUUGAUUACAUGUUAAGAUAGUAUACUAUUAUCGCACUAAAGCCAAAACAUAUGUUGCAAUUUGAAACAAAUGUAUAUCAUCUUAACCAUAAUGAAUUAUUGGUGUCUUGUACAUACAUAUAAAAGCUUAUUUUUUAAGAGUAGAUGAAAUAGUAUUAUAGCAAGUUCUAGUGCAGCAUUGAAAUAGCAUUGUCAGCAAAAAUUUAUUUUGAAGGUUUUUUUGAUAUUUGGUAACCAAAACAUUUAUCAUCGAAUUGUUGCCGCCAGUAACUGAAACAAAAUUAAUUUUGAAUUUAAUCUGAUUUUUAAUAGGAUUUAAGGCAUGGUCUUUAAAGCUGGCGCAAAGUUCCAGUCCCAUUUACUCGAUAUGAUUUUAAUUUAAUUUUGAAUCAAGUGAUUUUAGUGCUGUAAAUAUACUCUUUUUGUUAAGCUCCAAUCUUGUUCACUAAUGUUUGAUUUAAUGGAAAAUACUAGUCACAAAAACGCUAUUGUGUUUUUUGUUUCUCGAAUAAUUUGGUGGGGGGCAGUCAUUGUGAAUAUCUUACUUGAAAAAAAUAGCUUCCAAUUUUUUGAUAGUAGUAGGUAGAUAGUUAUAAAAACUCGAGUUUCAAAUGAAAAUGGUUAUUUUGGACAAUUGGUACUAAAAGCUUUUGUUUGAAUUUUAAAAAUUGUGCAAAGUGCACGUGUUUGUUUAUUUUGGGAGCUUCUAUUUGGAGUGAGAUACUAAUUUCAAUUAUGUGCCUCCAAACAGAAUUAAUUAAGUGCAAUUUCAAAAUGUAAAUACAUGUUUUAUACUUUGUUCUGCUUAAACUAGCGCAUAGGAAGUUCAUUUUAUUAUUUUUUUAGGAAAUUCUUUGAUCAGAGGCUGUUUAACCUAUAUCCUAUUAAGAUUUAAGGAUACUUUCUUGUUUUAGGAGUUAACUGCAAGGAAGGUCAAAUUUUAUAAUACUCAUGCACACUGCACCUUAUUUUGUGAUUCCCAAUAUUUUGUUGGGCUAGUGAUCAAAGAAUUAUUUAAAAGACCUUAUGAUGUAUGAUAUUUUAGGAAAGGUUUAUAAUAACUUUUGUUAUGUGAUUUAAAAAAGGCUAAUGAUCGUGAUUUACAUUCCUCAUUUAUUUUGUUUUUUUUUAUUGUAUUAUUUAUUUGUCUUAAAUUUGAAAUUUUGCAAAAAAACAAUCAAUUAAUUUUGGGUAUUUAAUUAUGAACAAAGCUCUGAUAUUUUUAAGUUUUAUUCAGUUUUGAUUUAGAUAACUGUAAUAGCCUUGUUUCCGAGAAUAAUCUUCCAAAGAAAAAAAAAACAAAUUAAUUAGUAUGCACCUUAGAAAUAUUUGUAUCAUGGAUUGCAUUUCUAGAAACCUAACAUAUUUUGCUGCUACUUUCUUUGAAUUAAUGAUGUUAGGUUUUCUAUUUUGUUUUAGUUAAGCGAAAAUUUAACCUAAUCAGUAUGUGACAAUAUUAAAGAAAUCCCGAAAAUGUUAUAGAUUCAUUAAAGUAAUUAUGCUUAUGUGUUAUUUAGUUGUUUAGUUUUCUUCCUGCCUUAACAAUAAAAUAUCUUAAAACGUCAUAUAUUUUGAUAUUUUGAAACGGAUUUAAAAUUAGGUCAACUAUUAGAUACAGUGCCAAUAGAAAACAUCCAUUAAUGUUUUCUGAUGGCGUUUGAAUAUUUG